AUGACCGCUCGACGUCCUUCUAGAAUUUCAGGAGACAUCCCAAAUCAUCCACAGCGAGAUGAAGAGCCUCUCCAGAGGCUUUUUGCUAUGGGCGAUGACAGAUGGGAGGACGGUGUCACUGGAAAUCAUCACGACUCCAUGCAUUCACAAACAAUCCGCGUUGCACGAGACCUGCCGGACGAAACAGACAUCCCGGUAGUACAUCCUGCCCUUACAAAUUAUGGGCCAGAUUCCGCAGCAGACUUCUUCAGGCAAGCUCGAGCAUAUCAACAACCUCCCACGCAAGGACCAGCCUCAUCACAUCUUGCUAAGCGCCGCUCACGCGGUCACAAAUCCUGGCUGUCGGGACCUGGUAGGCUUUCAGAGGCGGCUUUGUCUACUACUGGGCAGUAUGAUACCUCCACUGAAGAUGCAGAUCUGCCAAAUCCCUCUCAAGUUGAGAACAAGUUUCUGUCCGAUUCCUUUGGUACGCCUUGGAGUACAAGAAAGCUCUGGCAUCGCCCUAGAGAAGAGCUGGCUGGCAACAACGAAAACUCCGUGCCUUCACGAAGAAGGGCUCCCAAACGAGCUCGCCGGACAAGUAUCCAUAAUGAAAGAUACGGCGACGACAAACCUCAACCUCAUGACAGUCCUCGCGGUGCUGCAGUCUUGCGAAGCAUGCGUUUUAGGCAAGCUGAAAUGCUCAACCAAGAGGAUUACGAUGAAGAGAGACCCAGUGAUGGGGAUGCUCUGGACAUUUGGGCAGCGACAACAAACCCAGAGGCAUACUCUCGUAGCAACGCGCUUGGUUCUGCCGAUUUAACAAAGAGCUCAGUGCAUAACUUUUUUCGAGUGACAAGAGAAGAGGAUGUGCGUAAAAAUGACAAUUUGCCUGGCGUCCCUCACCUUCCACCCAACAGCGGCGAUGACACGCCUUCCGCUGACCAUCAAUGGAGUCUACAUCAAACCUCUCGUGCUCAACGAGCAAGGCCUGGCGUCGUUAGCAGACGAUCUCGAUUACCUUCUCCACCACAUAUGUCGCAGGCUUAUCGUCGCCAGAGCUUGCGAGAUCGUGCCAUUCGCCCAGCACUUGAGCCAACCGAUCACGAAUACAGAGAAUCUGAUGGUAAUGGAAAUAGUAAUGAAGAUGACUUUGUUGAUGGUCAAAGCUUUGCAGAGUUGAGUUCGAAUAUACCACGUUCGGAUCAACGAUAUCUUGGGGAAAGUACUUCAAGCCAUGACGACGCAGAACAUCUAAUGUCACCGAACUCGUUUGCCGAGCGAAAAAAAUGGUGGAGGCGGCCAGCUUCUACAAUGUCGGAGAGUGACCUUUUUGGCCCUCGUCAGUCCUUGUUCAGGCAUGACCAAGUCAAAGGUGGGAGCCAAAGUUCAGACCUAUUCCAGAGAAGCCGAGUGUUAUCUACGGAGCGUAAUCCAACACCAGACCUUGACGGAAUAGAGGCAUCUGAUAACACAUUUGCCCUGGGCAACACUACGAUUCUAUCCGCUUCUAAUUAUGAGCCCACAGACUCGGCAAAAUCACAUCAGGAACCUUUUGUCUGCCGGCCAAGGGGUACAGGGUGUGGGUGGCCAGAUAUACCGACGGAGAUUUAUCUGGAGAUUGCUAGAUACCUGUCCAGAGAAGACGCGUUGAAUCUUCGAUUGGUCUGUCGUGAUUUCAGCAUUGCCAUGAUGGGAGCGGUGUUCGGUAGCGUGGUUGUGCCGUUUGGCAAAGCUAUGUACGACAUCAACGCGGCCAACUGGGAGCGCAGCCCACGUUCUGGCUCAAUGUUCGCGAAGUAUGGCUUGGCAAUCCGGAAGUUUGGCAUAUCGUUCGAAGUGGAUACAGAAAUGCUAGCCAGGGCUCAGACCAAGACGAUCUCUGAUGAGCAGUCGAGUUGGUGGGGAAAGUACUCGUGGCCGACUCCUGUAUACCCACGGUUCAACCAUCUGCAUAAGCUUGAAAACCUUGCCGACAACAUCUCGCUCCUCAAGUCCGCCAUGGCACAUCUGGGUAAAACCCAUGAGCUGGGUCUUAGUAUCGACAGCGGCCAUGGGUGGCUGCAUGGUCCAGACAUAUCUGAUAUGGCGCUCUUCCAUGUUCGAUGUGGCAAGCGAACAAGAGUGUUUGGGAAAAUCCUUUCUGCUGGGGAUAAGCGCAAACAGGCGAUUCGUCUCCAGCUCUUUGAAUAUGCUCAGACAAGAACCCUGCACGAGUGCAUGCAGAUUGUUCAGAGAUACGAUAGACUCUUUACGUCUGAUGAGUUGACGUUCCUACGAUCUGUGACCGUUCGAGAUCUGCAAAGCUUCCAAAAUAUCGUGAGCCAACCUGACUUUGACGGUCAAGCUCAUACAGGUGGCGCCAUCCCAAGCACCAAUGCUACGGCCAAUGCUGCUCCACACGCGAAUGGUGGUCCGCCACCACCUGCAGGACCUCAGCCUCUGAACGGUGGUCUGAACGGUGGUCUGAAUGCUGGAAUGUUGAAUCUCGGUGCUGCCUACCACCAAGUCCAGCAAACCAUGUUCGGCCAGAUUCACAACAACAAUCCUCCCAUGCAUGCUAACCAAGCUCAGCACAAUGCUCCUACUGUUCAUCCGGCAGUCUUCCACACUGGCUUGUUAGCAACUCUUCCUAUGCAAUAUAACCCUGCGUUGACGAAUACGCUUCCUCCAUCACAUUUCGGUCAGCGGCAUGCCGCCCACGAACGUUCUCGAAAUCGAAAUCAUGCUGGUGUUGCGACAUCGUCAAGGCCAGCACCGAGAAGUCAACCUCAAUUUCCCAUCAUCAUGAACGGUUACAAUCUUUCUGCUGAAAUUGGUGGAUGGUGCCCCCUCAUCCAGAAGAAAGUCGCUCCUCCAAGAUCAUUCCCGCUUCAACCUGGUUCUCUCACCGAGGCACAAGCGCAAUGGCUCAUGGAAACCGUGUGGGCUCAACGCGCGUUUCUGUCGGCCUACAUCACAUCCAUUCUGGCCAACAAGGAUUGCUUUGCUCAAGUGCACUCGUUGCACAUUGCCAGAAUUUCCUCUGGUCUUCUGUCUUCUCUUGAACAAAAAGAACUGUGGCAAGGCUUGCCGGGUCUGACAACAUUGUCCGUGCUGGUCAGUCCGGACUGGCGGGCUGAGCAUAUUACUGGCGACCAGAACUUCAACUCGAGUAUGCUGGUUUCGCCGGUUGACGCCAGCCUGCAGUUGUCGGCCUUCCUGAAAACCCACAUCGCACCAUUGGAGAAGCUCUCUAACUUGACCAUCGGAUUCAUUGGUGGCGGAGAGCAUGCAACCGGCAUCAUGGCUCGUAAUCAGCAUGUUCUUCCGGCACCCAUUUCUCUGGCUCCUCGAUUGUGGCUCUCCAACCACGUCAGCGAGCCAGAUUUCUCUACCAUCCUCACCUUCAGCCACAUCAAACACCUCACAGUACAAAAUGCUUGGCUCAGCCCUCUUAUGCUUGAGGCCUUCAUGAUCAGAUCACGCGACACCAGCCUUCGUACACUAACAUUGAAGUCGCUGUCGCUAACCGCGACGCACAGUCAGCGGCUUGUGGCACCGCUUACCACUGCUACUGAAUCACUUGAGCCAAUUCAUCCACCCUCCAUGUGGCUACAUGAAUCUCUCCCUUCGACUCAUUGCUGGCCGGCGAUCAUCGACCGUAUCACACCAGGUGCCACGUUUCUCGAGCGAAAGUACGACGCCGGCAUGUUUGGUGACCCUUAUACCAAUCCUCGACCUUCCCCUAGCUUCCGUGGCUUCGUCUCCCGCUUGGUCUUUGAAUCUUGUGGCUAUGUGCGCGUCAGUGGCGUCUCGAUUCAGGAACUGAAUCAAAAUGACCUUGUCUUGCCGAAUACCGAUCCCAUGGACGCUGGUCUGAAGGCCAGAGCCGCGGCGCUGGCGGAGAAAGGGGUAAUGCUGAGUGAUAAGAAUCCGAAUACCGGGGCGGAUUGGCCUUUACUUGGGAAAUUGACGCAGUGCAUCCAUCCGAUUGAGAAGAGGGUGCUGGAACAGGCUUGGGGCAUGAGAUUUGGAUGGGAAGACGAUCUGGAACGAUGGGCGGCAGUAGAGGAUGGCUGUUUCGAGGGCGGAACGGGCAGAUUCAGUGGAGUGAUUAUUGGUGAGGGUGGCAAGGGCAUUGGCUUAGGUGCAGAGUGA